AUGUUUGGAAAACUCAAGAACAAGCUUCAUAGGCACAAUCGCGACGAUAAGAAGACCGUGACCGAAAAUGUGCCCAUUGCAGCCCCUCCGGCACCUGCACCAGCACCAGAGCCCAAGCAUGAGCUUCAGAGACCGCCUCCAUCUGAGCAGUCUACUAUAACUCCCGUCGAAAAAGAGGUGAAUAUCUCUGUGAUUCCCGAUGAAAAGCCGACACCUGAACCUGAGCCCAUGCCUGAGCCUGAGACUGUAAUUCGAGAUCUUUGGCGAGAUGCUCUGGCCCAACUACCUCCUUCCAAGCAGGAGAUCCUGAAGGGGAUGGGUCUGGACAACAUCAGGGCUAAACAAGAGGAAUGUGAGAAGAAAUUCUGGAAGGUCUCAUUUGGUGGUGAGGAUAUCGUUCUGCGCGACUAUACUACAAAGAUUCUCGGUUGGUUGGAAAAGGCGGGAGACAUUGCUAUUCAAUUUGCACCAGCGAAUGCUAGCCUACCUUGGGAGAUUGUCAAGUCUCUUAUGGAGAUUCCUGUGAAUGAAGGAGAGCAGAUGGGUGCGCUUCUUGGAACUGCCGAGAAAGUGGUACGCGUUAUCAGUCGUGGACAGGUGUAUGAGCAGGUCUACCUCCCACAAGAUCCCGAUUCUCCUAUGGAGACCCUGCAAAAGAAUCUUGAGUCUGGAUUGUUGCGUAUCUAUGCUACUGCACUUGAGCUGUUGGCGGAUGCCGGAAAGCUUCUCUCGAGGAACACGGCUAGACGUACUCUUGAGGCCAUCGUGAAUCCGGGUAAAGCGAGCGGAGCGCUCGCCAGCUUCGUGGAGCAGGAGGAUAGGCUCCUCCGUGAUGUUCAAGCUUGUGAGAGCAAGCGCAGCUCAGAUUCUGAUAAACGCAUGAUCAAAAUGUUGGAGACUUUCAACGAUCCCAUUUUCCGGAUUGACCAAGGUGUGACCCAGGUUCUUGACAAUAUGGAGGAAAGCGAGCGGAUCAAAAUGCUGGAGUGGAUCUCUUCUGUUCCUUUUGGCGAGAACCAUGACAAUAUCAGUGAGAAGAGAACUCCCGGCACAGGCGAGUGGCUGCUACAGCACGAAGACUUCCGUGCCUGGGUGGAGAAAAAGACACCAACACUUCUCUGGUUAGAAGGCUCUGCUGGAGCUGGCAAAACAUACCUUACGUCGAAAGUCGUUGAUCAUGUUCGUGGAACUUCUCAAGUCUCGAAUAAGGGCUUUGCAUUUUUCUAUUGUGAUCGAAAUGAGCCACGACGUGCGCAGGGAUCAUCCAUCCUUCAAAGCUUUGUCCGGCAACUUUCAGCUACCAUGAAGGAUCCUGGAUAUGUCCAGCCCCAUAUCAAGGAUGUCUGGAAGGAAGCUCGGGAAAAGGGCACUGUUUUCCGUUUUGAGCAGUGCAGGAAAUUGAUCCAGGCUUGUUUGGGUCAAUAUGAAAGCACAAAGUUGAUUAUCGAUGCGAUGGACGAGUGUGAUUCAGAUACACAAAUUGAAAUAAUUGAAGCACUGAAAUCACUCAUGGACAAUACUGAGAGGCCCGUCAAGAUCUUCAUCUCUAGCCGACCAGAUUCUGAAAUCAGAAGUCAACUUCAGAACAGUUCAAAUAUCAAUGUGUCAGCAAACGCUAAUCAGGACGAUAUCAGAAAAUACAUUGAUGCCGAGAUUGACAGAAUGGGAAAGUCGUUUCUGAAAACAGUGAAAGCCAGUGUCAUCGAUAAACUACUUGCACGUUGCCAAGGAAUGUUCCAGUGGGCAUCUCUGCAAAUGCAUCAGAUUCUGAAAUGUGGUACAAAAUCAAGUGUCAUGAAGAGACUAGACGCACUCCCUGAUGGUAUCCGGGAAGCCUAUGAUGAGAUCUGGAAUGAGAUUGAAAAAUUGGAGGAGACUGAUAAAAUACUUGCCAAGAGGGCCAUCCUAUGGGUCAUGGCCGCAAAAACACCCUUCACCAGCACUGAAAUAUUUUCUGCUAUUCGUCUCGACAUGGAUUCUAGCGAAGAUAUGGACAUCUUCCUCGUAGAAGACAAACUAGAUGAAGAAGGGUUGCUUUCAGUUUGCAACAAUUUCCUUACCCUUGAUACGAAAUCGAAGGUCUGGCGGUUCACACAUCUGUCCGUUAUGGAGUACCUAGAAAGCAAAGAACACUGGUCCCUGCCGAGCGCUCAUUGCCAUGUCUCUGUCGCUUGUCUUUCAUACUUCAACAGCGCUUAUGAUCGGGACUUUCCCGAAAUGAGCAAAAUGAUCAACCCUGAUGAAGGCAAAGAAGUGAGCCUUGAGGAGCGUGAAGAAUCGGAUGAUGGAUUUGGUCGAUAUCAUCCAUUCCAUGUCUACAUGAGGCAGUAUUGGAUGUAUCAUGUCCGCCAAGUAGAAGACACAAAGGAGAAGAAAUUGGCCAGCCUGUUGAAGAGAUUCCUUGGCUCUCCCGAAGAAAGCAGCUCAAUGUAUAGAACUUGGAAUCAUAUCAGCGCAGAGGAUAUGAGUUUCUUCAUGUAUGAUGAUCAAGUUCGCUUCUAUGGUACAAAGUAUUUAGGAGGUACAGAAUUAAGCUCUGCCGAUGUCUCUGAAGCAAGGUUUGCCAUAUUUGGGAUGUGCGGCUUUGGAUUCGAGAGUAUCUUGUCUGGCUGGUGGGAGACUGCAGACUAUGAGGUCUCAAGAACUAACAUCAGAGGACACAGCCUGCUCUGUUUGGCUGCUAUGGCAGGGUCCGUGCCGAUUUGCAAGACUUUGGUUGAAAGAGGAGCAAAUGUCAAUGAGCGACUGGAGUUGUCUUACCAAUACGGUAGUGCUCUUGUGGUAGCAGCGUCUUUUGGACAGAUUGAAGUCGUCAAAUAUUUGGUAGAUGCUGGAGCAGAUGUGAACAUGCAGGCAGGGGUAAGAGAGGAAUUGGGACUUCGUGACGAUACCACUGCAUUAUCAGCAGCGGUCAAGGCAGCGCAGAUCGCGGUUGUCAAAUACCUCCUCCAGGAUGGAAAGGCCGAUGUCAACCUUCCCUUGCCCGCCUACGAAAAUUAUUCUGUUCUCUUGGUAGCAACCUUUGCACAACAAAAUCUUGAGAUUCUCAAGCUCAUUUUGCAAGCGGGAGCUGAUGUGAACACGACAUUCCAAUAUUACGGAAGUGGAAUUCUCCACCAAAAAAUCCGCGACGGCAAGCUAGAAGAUGUCAAGUUUCUGGUCAAUGAGGCUAAGAUCGAUGUCAACAAGCUACACAUGGCAGAGGAGGUAUAUCCUAUCGAGCUUGCAGCAAGUGAUUUGAGCACAGUCCAACGGAUUGAGAUCCUUAAGUUCUUGAUUCAAGAGGCAGGAGCGGAUGUUAAUGCACUCUCGGAGGGUCGAGAAUAUGGCGGUGCUCUUGCUGCAGCAUGCGCAUCAUCCUAUCUCAACCUUGAAACUGGCUCCGAAACAGUUGGAAGUCUAGAGGCUGUUAAGUGGCUUGUUGAUGCCGGAGCAGAUGUGAACAAACAACUUACAGUUAGAGAAUAUCUUAGCGCUCUGGCAACAGCAGCCAGGCAAUCCAACGACCCAUCAAUCGUUAGAUUUUUAAUCGAAUCUGGGGCCGAUGUGAACAUGCAGCUGGAGAAUGGAGAGUUCGGUAGUGCUCUCAUGGCCGCUGCAUCCGCCACGUAUUAUGAAGACUACGACAUGGUCGCUUGCCUGCUGGAAGCAGGAGCCGAAGUGACCACUCCUCUGAAACCCGAAGCCUACAGAGCUGCCAUUGCCAAUGCUGUCCUCCAAAAUCAGCCAGAUAAAGUGAAAGCAAUGGUGGAGGCAGGUGCUGCUGUGGAUGUAAACCUGAAAGAUGAGGCCUUCGGCACUAUACUCGCAUAUUCUACACUCCUCGAAUUUGAGGACGGAAUUCUGGAGACUCUCAUCGCGGGUGAACCAGACGUUAAUCGGGAAGCCAAAACUGCAAGAUAUGGUACCGCACUGAUUGCUCCCUCUUGCUUCAGUCGAUAUCAAGCUGUGGAAUGUCUGAUCAAGGCGGGGGCAAGGGUUUGGGAUGAAACUGAUAAUGGGCCCUACACUACGGCAAUCCAGGCUGCAGGGGGACCUCUCUCAGAAGCGGACAGAGCGUGUAUCGUCCGCUUUUUCAAUUUCAACGAGAGUGAGGCCGAAAAGCUUCUAGAGAAGUGGGCAGAGCAGAAAGAUGAUGUUGUGAAGCUCCUAAAGCAGCAUAUGCCACCCCCUGGGCCCAUAAUUCGAAAGAUUCUGGUUGCCAGCAAAUCAGUCACCCGCGGUGUCCGCGAAAGUUGA